AUGGAAUGUUCUUACACAGGUAAUUUUGACGAAGUGCAUAAGGCAAAGAAACGUCGCAUGAUUGGACCUGCACAAUCAAAAGCUAUUACAGCUAUGAUUAAUGACGGUCGUUCAAGCGAGUCAUUUCGAGAGACAGAAGCAGCACGGUUAAUGAAAAUAGGAGGGAACAAUCCAUCAAUUAUUCCUACGGGAAAUGCUUUACGUUUACUCAAAUCCCGUAAAAUUGCUUCUGAAAAAAGAAAUAAAGAUGCUCUUACUGCUAUUGCUCUUAUGAAAAAAGAAAACGAAUAUAAAGAUAUUAUCCGAAAUGUGGGAUGUGACCCAUUUUUUAUUUAUUAUUACAAUAAAGAGCAAAUCCAUAUGUAUCGAGAAUAUUCUAAAUCUGUUACACAUCCACAGAUAAUAAUAGAUGCAACUGGAUCAGUUGUUAAGAAUUUCAUGAAAUUUGGACUUGAAAAAACAAAGACCCUAUUCUUAUACGAAGCGGUAGUGUAUGACAAAGCAAAGAAUCAUAGUUUCACAGUCACUAAUAUGGUAAGUGAGAGUCACAACACUAUUUCAAUAUCAAAUUGGUUGGCCAACUGGAUGGCUAGUAAUGUUCCCCAGCCUAUGCAGACUGUUUGCGAUCAGUCUUUGGCUUUACUUUCUGCAAUUGUGAAAACGUUUACUCAGUAUUCUUCUUUAAAAAUCUAUAUCGAAGUUUGUGCCGAUAUCAUCACUAAUAGAUUACCUAGAGAUUCUCGCUGGCUACCUUAA